AUGGUGUUGCUUCUGCUGGCAGGCAGAAAUGCCAGGCUGAACAUGCAAACAGAGGGCCCAAGUGGCAAGGUAACCAUGAAGUUGAAGUUGCCGGGAAGCCAGUGGUUUUCUCAGCUGGUGCGAGAACACGUUCCGGAUUGGGGCAAGGCUUCAGUUUGGACAGACAAAAACACCCGCAGGCAUGCUGAGACCGAUGUCAGGGUUUUGGUCAAUGUUCAGGCCGGCUUGGAACACAGAGGACCAUUGACUGCUUGGAGCAAGGAGGAAGCAUAUCUACAUGAGUAUCUGCAGCAAGCGUCGGAUGCUUUCAGUCUGCGGUGUACGAGCCUGUGCAUGUUCCAGGGCCAUUUGACGGUGAGUUGCCCACAGCGGCUCUCCAGGCCCAUGUGGUGUCCUAGUCCGAUCGAGUUGCAGGAUUUUUGCAAUGCAGCGGGACAACCUGCAGAAGACAUAUGUGCACACCUUCGCGUCACAGAGGCUGAACUUAGAGCAUUUCUCGCAGAACCCGUUUGCAUGCAGAUUCACGCCUUGUUCUUGACAUUGAUGGAGAAAGGUGCGUGGAACAGUGUCAUGAGCAGAGUUGCAUGGUUGCCUUCUGCCAGGGAUGCUGCGCACGGGCGAUGCAUGGAUUUCUUUUCCAGGGUUGCGGUGCCAACGCUUGAGUUUCAACAACAGCAGCUGCAGCAGCAGCAGCAGCAGCAGCAGCUUUCCAGUGGCGGGCACAGAAUGAUGUCGACGUCGAGGCCAGAGGCCGCCGCAGGGGCUUCCGAACAUUCUUUGCCUUUCACGACAGAACAUGCUGAGAAAUUGCUUGGAGAUCUGUUGCGCUGGUCGCCUGCGCUUCUUGCAGAUCUGCCAGCAGAUGAGCGAGGGGGCCGCAAGAGCACACUGGACGUGCGCCACUUGGUCAAGUGUCUUUGUGCUGCGAUGAAGUUGCGCAACCGGGACGAGUUGAAAUCUGUGCUAAAGCUGGCCUUAGACUCGAUGCCUGGCUUUGCUGGUUUAGACAGCUUAGACGACUCAGCUUUCAAAUUGCCGUCCGCAGCAUCGCUUUCGAGGGCACAGUUGCUCGUCGAUAUGGCCUACUGCUGCUACUGGCAGAACAAAUUGGAGAGCAUGAAAGGGCCACUGUUCAUUUGGUUGGACUCGUCUCCUCAGGGGGGCGUUGACUGGCUGCUCAGUGUGCUGCGGUACGUGCCGGACGCAUCACUGCAGGCAGCUGUGUCAGCAGCGAAGCAGAUGGAGUCCUCCCCGACUUUGUUUGCGCAAGCACGGGAGCAAGGCAACUCCGUCCUCAUGCAACAGAUCGCUCAGGCACGUCACGACAAUCGCCUUCUCUUGCGUCGCUGCCUUCACAUGCAUAGGCUGAUCCCUGGCGGAGUGGGAAGUGGGGCAGCUGCAGUUGAGCAGAAGAUCGCCAGUUUGGUCCACAAGCAAGUCUUGCAGCGUGUUCGAGGGUUUUGCACGGACUGUGGCACUGAGAUGGGAGUCGCUGAAGUCUCGGGCUGCACUGUUCAAGACAUUCUGCCACCGUGGAUGCUUUCUUGUUAUGACUUGGAAAUCCAUGAUGCUGAUGCUGGCUUGGAUAUGAACAGUGGCGCUGCAGCCCUUGCUGAAGGAAACUCAUCCAUGUACGUAUUUCCGGAGGCUCUGAUCAGCCCAGGAACCAUGCACAUCUGCCACAACAUGGUUCACGAGGUUGACCAGUCGCUUGGAAAUUUCUUGGAGUGGCUACCGGGUUUCAAAGCUGUCGUCCAUUUCCUUCACACGGAUGCUUUGCGGCAGCGCUUUGUCGGAUCCUGCCUUUUGGGGACCCCCUUGGAGUUCUUGAAGCAUCAGGUUGUGAAGCUGACAAAGCCCGCCCUUUGGCGAUGGAAUGGCAUUGCUGGCAUUUUGCCGGGGCUGAUGAAAUCCAGGCAUGUCCUUCAAUCAGCGUGGAAUAAGCAGCGAUUUCUGAACCCAUCCGGUUUCAAGUCUCAAGAGCAGGCAGAUGAUGUACUGGGAAGGCUUCAUGUUGACGGGGCCGGGGCGCAAGAAGAGGAGGAGUCCGGCAAGCUGGACCUCCCUGCCUUUGAAAAGGCAGUCAAAAGCCCUGAAUUCUGGCUCUACUCAAACAUGCUUUUGCAACUGCACUUGUUGGUCGAAAGAACAACUUCGUGGAUGGAGGGCUGUCCGUGUGAAUGCCAUCGGUUUGCUGCGGGCGGCAAGCAUGACUCAUCCGAUGCAGAUGCCUUCCAGGUUGCUUGCCAGGCAGCACGUGUGCCUGUGGAGUCCAGGGUGCGCACUGCCAGGAAUUGUCCACUGGCUGGCCAACGAUCCGUUGAAUUGGCUUCAGGUCUGUUCUGGAAAGAGUUCGAAGAGGACAGCAAAGCAACCGUGCAGGAUGUGUUGUGUUCUGGGACGACUGUCUUAAUCCAAGGCUGUGGCGAAGAGGCCGUGGCAAGAACUCUGGAUGAUUGCAGCAGGGCACGCACGGCUUUCCACGAAUACUUGGAACAGAAGCUUCAGUGCUGGAAGGAGAUGCCAUGGCGCCUUGCAGCCCUCAACCAUCCAGACUCGAACGUUUGCCGACAACAUGCUAGAGAGAUCUUGGCUUUUCUCGAGAGCAGUCCCAAGCAGGCCAAUCUUCACCACAGGGUCACUUGGAAGUUUCUGGAGCCAGAGUCUCGCUUGCUUGCGCAGCUGAAGCAGUUUGCAGCAGCAGAUGCGGAUUUGCAAACUCUGGCGGAACUCUCGCAAGUGGUGAUGGAGCUCCGCUUCAUCCCCACUUGUGAGAGGCUCCAGGAGGGUGAUCAUGCUGUCGUCAAGAAAGCCUUGGGGGAUCGGCGAGCUUCUGGGCCUUACGUGUCCAUGGCCAUCCGCAUGCCGGAGAUAGAAGAUUUGUUCGUGAAGCCGCAGGAUUGGCAAUCCUUGCUGGCGCAGUGGCCGAAGAUCCAGCAGCCGGAUCUGGCAGCCAGAAGAUUCGGGCUUGCUGGACAUCCCGGCUACAGGGCCGCCUGCGAAGACAAGGCCGGGAGCAAGGAGAAGCGUGCGGUGCUGGCCGUGUCGCUCUACAACCUUGAUCCUGAGCUCCAGUUCUCGAAUAAAUCAAAUCUUCGGAAGAAAAAAGCCACACAUGCGGAUCGCCUCAAAAAGAGCAAGCUGAACUUCUUCAAUCAGCAGAACCCGGAGUUGCACCAGUGGAGUGUGGACAAUGUGGAGCACAGGGCAGCGGCAGUACACCUUCACACACGGAUGGAGGCGGGUCGUCUGUACUCAGCCCCGCCAGACGCAGUUGCUUUGCCACCUUUGGAACAGAAGCUGAAAGCCCUUCGUGCCGCACCAGCCUUGCAGCCCGAAAGCGCUUUUGCGCUGGAAGCUGACGACGGGGGCGCGUGGAUGCUCCCGGACAAGACUAACCCAUUGGACUUGUCUGCCUUCGAUGGUCACCGUGAUUCACAGCCGGUCCUCGACGUUGCCAAGGUGGAUGCAGAAACAACUUUGCCGUCGGGUCCAAUCACGUUCUUCCGGCUGAGUUCUCAGAAGGGCGGCAGGCGAAGGCUGGUCCCCUUGCCUGCGGCGAGUGGCCAAGGUCUUGCCGCAACAGACGUCACCGUUUCCAUGCAUGAGUUCUUGCAGCAAGAUGGUUCCUGUUAUGUCAAGGUUGAAGCCAAGAAAGCUGCAGGCGUUGUGUCUCCAGCAGCCGUGAUAUCCCUUGAUCCACAGAGUGCGAAGACCUUACCCUGCAAUUUGCAGAAAUGGUCUACUUGCAAGAAGCUCGUGUACAUGCUGACGGGCUUCCCUGUUACAGAUGCAGUGCUGCAGCUACUUGAGAAGUUCGUUUCCAAGUGUGCUUUUCCAGAUGCAAGCAUGGAGCAUCAUGUGCUUGUGCUGCGAAGCGAUUCAGAGAUGUUUGCAUUGUGCCAAGAACUUCAAUCGCAAGGGUUCGCCAGAUGUGUCAGAGAAGUGUCCGAUGAAACAUGGUGGGUUUUGACUGAGCGAGCUUUAGCCAAUCUUGUGCACAUGCACGAGAUCUGCCGGCCUUCUCUCGUCUUCCCCCCGGUAGAGAACUUGCUGGAGCUUGUUGCAGCGGAUAUUUCAGCAGUGAAGGAAUUCACAUCUUGGGAAAUGUUCAAAGUCCUCGAGCACAAGGGCUUCCAGCUUUGCAGACUCCCACAGGCCAAGAAAGCAAGACGUGCACUUCCACCUCUCACUUGUCAGACCGAGCGGCCAAAAUGGUAUGUCCGUGACAAGACUUUGCAAUCCACAGCUAUGCAGCUCUACAUGCAAUCCUUGGUCGUUUCAGACUCUCUCUUCGCGGGCCAUGUGUCCUGGACAGAUUUGAUUUAG